AUGAAAAAACAUAUUCCCACUACAGCAGCCGUAAUAUUUCUAAUAUUUGCUGUUGCAUCUGCUCAACAACAAAAUAAGCAACAUGGCACUGUGUUAUCAUCUUCAGUGGACAACUCAUUACCGAUAUCUGAUGUAAGAACAAAUAGACAAGCGAUUGAACAUCAGAGAGGCAAUAUUUUCGGACUUCGUAAUCAUCGAAGUACUACGGCUCAUUACGUAAACUUAUCUUAUCCAAAAAACUUAUCCAAACCCUUAAUUAAAGCAUCAGCCAGUAAUACCUUAGUUAAAGUGUACGGUGAAGCAAAUCCAAGUAAAACGGAUGAAGAUUUAUUGGAUAUUGAAGGAAAUACGCAAAUUAUAAAUGUCGAGGAUCGUCCAUCAUCAUUACUGCCAUCUAGAGAGAGUAUUAAUCAUUUAUCGAUAAGUGGUUAUGGGCCACCGGGCCAGGAAUUAGAAAUAGCAGAAACGAAACAACAAGCUGAAAACAUUAUGCAAAUGCAAGCAAUACUGCGUCCUGAAGUUGAGAAUCCAUAUGGUGUUCCAGAUAAGGAAGUGAUCACUGCGGAAACUCUGUCAACAAGUAACAAAGAAAAGGGGAGCAAACUUCUGUCAAUCACAAAUACUGAACAAGCUGUUAUAUUAAACAAAGGAGCUGCAAGCACUAGAAGAUAUGAAGAUUUUAGGGAAACAAUAGGUGUAACAGAAGAUGAAUCAAAUGUAAGUAAGAUGGAACUGACGGAAGGCACCAUUGAAGCUUGUGGGCAGAAUUGUAAAGCAUCCACGGAAAGCUUAAUGGAAACGGAUGAAGGAUUUGUUGAAACGGUUGCUGAGUCAAGUGAGGCUUCUACUGACAGUCAAGAAGAUAAUACAGUAUCAUCAACAGGUGGUAGCAAAGAAAGUUACGGUGUUAGCACCGAGCAGUUUGAAAGUACGAGCAUCAGUACUGAAGCUACUGAAAUGUCAACAGUUGAGGGGCAGAAGAUAGAAUCAAUUCCUAAAGAAUAUGGAGUAGUAUCUGAAACCGAGGGACCGGAAAUAGCACUGAAAACAGAAGUAGAAGAAACUUCAAGGGCGGAUACUAAAGUUACACCGUCCGAAUCGGUCACAGAAUCGUCUACCAACGGUGGAACAACGCAUAUGGAAGCAAAACCAAUCGAUGAGCAAAUCGGUGCGAAAGAUUUCGAAUAUGAAGUGACUUCUAAAACUAUCAAAGAGCAAUUGACUGCAGAGAAAAGUCCCAGUAUCACUACAGAAAAUUUGCCAGUAGCUUAUAAAGUAGAAUCAACUGUAAUAUCUGAACUCGAAGAGAAAACCUAUAGUACUGCAAUUUCAUCAGUAACCGGCGAAGAGACAAAAUAUGCCGGACAAGAAAAGACGUACAAAAACGACGGCAAGCCAGAUUCAAACACUGAAGGAAUCUCUUCCUCUCAGCAAAUGAUUACGGAAACGAAAGUAUCCGGAGACAAUGAUCAAAAUCAAGAAAAUAUCACCAAAACUAAAUCAGAAAUGAAUACCGAUCAGUCGUCCAUUUUAACAACACGGUUAUCGGGAACUAUGGAAGUUACUUUACCGGUAACGAGUAGUACUCCAGCGAAUACUUCGUAUAUUACUAAAAACACUGAAAUCUCAAACACAGUAAUUUCUCCAGUCAUUAAAGAAGGUUAUGAAACCUACAGUGAGCUAGAAGAUAACGCAACAAGCAGUAAAGUAGGUUUACCGGCACUGAAUAAAGAAUCAGCAUCCCAGCUGUCGAAAUUGAUCGAGGAAACAACUACGUUGUCUAGUACGAGUACAGAGACCAAAAUGACAAGCGAAAAAGCAACGAUAGCACUGGAAAAUACAGUAGCAAAAUCGGAAGACUUGAAAAGUUUUACUCCUGACGGAGGAAUAAGUGAAGCUACAAGACUUUCCAAGGAAACAUCACUCGUGUCCACUGAACAAUUACCAGAAUAUGGUGCAGUAACACAAGAUUAUAUUGCGAAACCAACACACCGAAAAGGAGAAGCCAUAGAAUUGCAAAAACCAUAUGAGGGAGUUGAAACACCUGCUGUAGCACCACAUAAUACUGGAACGAGUUAUGCUGAAGAGAAAGUUGCAAAAGUUGUACUUGGUGAUACAUCAGCAAAGUCAAGCGGAGUACUUACUACUUCUGGAUCUGAUGAAUAUAAGGUAAUUAAAUUAGCUGAAGCAUCAGAGAGACCAUUAGAAUCCAAAAAAGAUGAAACAGCAUCAGAAGAAACAACUGUGAUAUCAAAAUGUGAUGAAAGUUUAGGAUUAGCAUGUAGUGAAGCAGGUCCUAGUGAACAGCUAUCAAAUACAGAAAAACCAAAAGUUAUUGAUGCAGAAACACUUGAGGAAACCACACAACCAAAUGAAUUGCAAAAAACAAUGGUUUCUGAACAGAUCAUAAAUUACGAUGGAGAAAUUGCAGCAUCAAAAUCAAGCAUGAAAGAAACGAAAAUUGACAGUGCAACAACUUCAUUUAUUGAACAAACAGCUUCAAACGAAACAACUGUACUUAAAGAAGUGAUAAGACCUGAGGAACAAUCUUCAGGUAAUACAGAGUUAUCAGUAACUACUGAUGAUUAUAAAGAAGCAUCGUCCAAUCAAGCUACAACUCACAGCGAACAAGUAAGGGAGUAUGGACUAAUUACAUCUAAUCAAAAUGUUACAGCAUCUGAAGCUAAUAUUACUUCUGGAAAAGUUGUGAAUGUUGAAGAAAGUAUAUCAACAACACUUCAAAGUAAAUACGCGGAUAUACGAACUAAUUCCGUAGAUUUUGGAUAUGGUGAAAAAAGAAUCACUGAGAAAGAAUAUCCCAGUAACGAUAAAAUCGAUGCCGUACCGAAUUCAUUAUCUAAUACAAGUGUCGAAGAAGCAACAGAAAAUCCAUGCUCUGUUAGUAAAUCUACUGGAGAAGCUAGUGUAACGAAAUCUAUUGAGAGAAUUACGAGUGGAAGAGUAACAACAAUAAAUGGAAACAAUGGAAGUCCGCCAGGGUACGAUCCUAUUGGAAAUCUAUUUAACUCAUCGAGUUAUCAUCCCGCAACUGACGAGACAACUAUUGAGCCGUCACGAUCUAAUAAAAAAUUGACCGGAAAAUGUGAAAUUGUCGAAAGUAUAACAGUUUCAAUGCCGAAAACGAGUGAAAUAACAUCAGUGGAUGAGGGAACUACAAGCCUUGCAAGUUUGACAAGUGAGAGUCCAGAAUCAGAAGUUACUAAUUAUGCAGUUUCUGAAAGAGGAAAAUCCACAGAAACUCCAAUCAAUAAAACAGUAUCAGUUCAAGCAGAAUCUAACAAAAUCUUAACAGAUACGAAUGAUUUUGGUUAUUCUGGCAAACUUCAUGAGGUAACGGAAGCACAAUUAAUAGGUCAAAGUCAAGAUUCCAAAACAUUUGCAACGGUAACGGAAUCUACCUUAACAACACGAGGGAUGGAGUUUAUUAAUGGGAUAAAAACUGAAUCUGUCCAGCAGCCUUCAGCAAGGGAAAAAUCACCAAGAAUUGAGGCAGGUACUACAACUGAAAGCGGUGAAACUUCUCAACAAUACCACGUCGAAAUUGGCGACAAUGUGAUAUUUUCAAGCCCAAAUAAUAAAACCAAAGAAUCUACCGGAGUUCCAGAAAUCAAUAGACCUGCAGCUCAUAGCAAAACAUAUUCACAGCAAACCACGGAAAGCACAUUAAUGCAUAUAAUAACAAAUGAAAUAGAAACGCCAAUACCUUAUAGCAUAAAUGAAGAAGCACUAAAAGUUGUUGCAUUGACAAAAGUAACAAAAAAUGGUCCAUCAAAAUUAGUCGGUGACAUAAUUGCUUCAACAAAGCAAGCAAAAGAGAAAGAAGUCACAGAGAAUACAGAAACUACUAAAGAAUUUGAAGCUAAAAGCAGUGGAUCUGAGGAAACAAGUGAAAUAAGAAAUGAAAUGGAGAGCAUGUCCUCAGAAUCUUCAUUGGCAAGCCUGGAAUCCUUUGAAGUAACAACCGCUAAAGGAAAUACUGAAUCAGAGUUUUAUGCAGAAAAUACUGCAAAUAAUCCGGCGAAAAUACCUAUGGGUCCUCAAAAUCUCGGAUAUGGAAAUGGAAAUGAACUGAGUGCAUUCAUAUCAUCAAGUAUAGGAUCAGUCACGACAACAAUAGCAGAGUUGCUAGCCAAUCUUACUGAAACUUCCACUGCUUCAGAAUUAUCAGCUAGCAGCGAAUAUGCAAAUUCUGAGACUUUCACUGAAUCAGAAUCUAAAAGUAGUGAGGAAUUUAGCGUAACUGUUCCAUCAGCUUCAUCAAAUGCAUUAACCGAAUCAUUCAAUGUAAUUCAAAAAAUGUUAACAACGUAUAACGAAAUUACUAAGGCAGAUGAUAAAAAAAAUAUUUCAAGCAACAUUCCGAUUAGUGCAAAACAUUUCGGAUACGAAGAUGAUACAGAAGAGGAAAUAAGCAGCAGCGCUAUAUCUAGUUCAGAAGGGCGACCAUAUGCCAUAGAUUGUGAUAAAGAAACUGAUGAAAAAGGUGAUCUUUGCAAAGGAUGGGCUAAAGCAAACUUUUGCGAUACACAUCCACCAACAAUGUUUCUUUUUUGUCGGCUAACAUGCCUAUGUAUUGGACCAUCAACAGAUUCAACGAAAUGA